CAACAACAACACAAACACAGUUAAAAACUGAUCAAAGAGGCUAACUUGAUUUUCUGCAAAUCUGCAUUAGCUUUCCGUUUCAAAAUCUGCUGACUAUCUAUUUAAACAGUCAAAAUGGCAGAUCCAGUAUUUUUCGAGCUGCUACACGCGCAAAUUGUAAAAUAUGUUGAGGAGCGACAGACUAAAGAUACUGACCUGUCUUCUUUGGACACGAUUGGGUUUACUUGUGGCUACAAAAUUAUCGAAAGGCUAACGAGAGAUUGGCCUAAAUUCAAAGAUGAAUUGGAAAUCGUCAAAUUCAUCUGCACUGAUUUCUGGAUGGCAGUUUAUGGAAAACAGAUCGAUAAUUUGCGAACCAAUAAUCAAGGACUGUACGUCCUGCAGGACAACAUGUUCAGAUGUCUCAACAAAAUUGCAAUCGGCAAGGAGCACCUGCAAGUGGCGCCUUUGUAUUACACCUUUACGUGCGGUCUAGUCCGUGGCUCACUCGCGAACUUGGGCGUGCACUGUGUCGUGAAUGCUGAAGUUCAGAACAUGCCUUCAGUGAAAUUCCAUAUUCAAGUGAACCGACUUUGAUAAUAUUUACGACUGUUAAGACCAUAUUAUAUAGUGACUUGAUAUGACUUUAAAAAUGUGUUAAAAUUUAAGAUUUUGUACUAUAAUUUGUGUUAAAUGAAUUCCUUUAAAUACAAAUAA